AUAACUCAAUUCUAAUGUAGAUGAUGUGGCUUUUGGUUCGUUCUGCUUGGAUAUUGCAUGUCAGCAACAGCAAGCGGAGGGUUGCAUCUAUUGCUGCACUUUUGUCAUCUGUCCUGCACACUUCUGUGUUUGCUGAUGAGGGGAUGCAUGUAAUUGACAAUGCACCUGGACCUCUCAAGUGGUUUGUUGAAAAUAUUCUCGAGGAAGGUACAAAAAGUCCUCGAACAAUUCGUCUUACAGCAUUGCAUUUAACAGGGCUGUGUCUUGCACAUCCAAGGAUAAUUAAGUAUUACAUAAAAGAACUAAAGCUGCUUACACUCUAUGGUUCUGAUUUUGUUCCAACAGUUGCAUUUGAUGAAGAUUUUGAAGCUGAAUUAGCUGAAAAUCGUGAUGCAAGGACAGAAGUUUCAUUAUUGGCUAAAAGUCCGGAUCCUGAGUUGACUGAAGCAUUUAUUAAUACAGAAUUGUUUGCACGUGUGUCUGUUGCCGUUCUAUUCUACAAGCUGUCUGAUUUGGUGGGGUCAGCAAAUGAAAAUGAAGAUUGCUCUGCUGCUCUUGAAUCUGGCAAAUUGUUUCUGCUAGAGCUUCUUGAAUCAGUGGUAAAUGACAAGGACCUUGCAAAGGAGUUGUACAAAAAGUACAGUGGGAUCCAUAGGCGUAAAAUACGUGCUUGGCAAAUGAUAUGUGUUUUAUCAAGAUUUGUCGAGGAUGAUAUAGUUGGGAAAGUUACAAGCAGCUUGCACAUAGCCUUUUAUAGAAACAACUUGGCUGCAGUUCGGCAAUACUUGGAGACAUUUGCAAUUAAUAUUUACUUGAAGUUUCCUUCAUUGGUUGGGGUACAAUUAGUUCCAAUAUUAAGAGACUAUGACAUGAGGCCACAGGCACUUUCUUCCUAUGUGUUCAUAGCAGCUAAUAUCAUCCUCCAUGCGUCUAAGGCAUUUCAAGCCAGACAUUUGGAUGAAUUGCUUCCCCCUAUAGUUCCAUUGUUAACCUCUCAUCACCACAGCUUGCGGGGUUUUACUCAGUUGCUAGUCAACCAAGUGUUUUUAAAAUAUUUUUCUCAAUUGGACUUUGGAGCCUCUGAAACUGUGCCUUUGGAGAAAAGGUGCUUUGAAGAUCUGAAAUUAUACCUGGCAAAAAACCCUGAUUGUAGUCGAUUACGAGCAUCAAUGAAAGGAUAUCUUGAUGCCUAUAAUCCCAUUAUCUCCAGUACUCCAGCUGGAAUUUUUGUCGACCGGGUUGAGGAACUUCAGUUUGAAUGCGUUCCAACAUCCCUCUUGGAGGAAGUGCUAAACUUUCUAAACGAUGUCAGAGAGGACCUCAGAUGUUCAAUGGCAAAGGACAUUAUAACUAUCAAGAAUGAGAGCUUAAAAAUUGGUAAAGAUCCUAACUACAGGAGAAUAUUACCUAGUGCAGAACCACAUAAAGAAACAUUGCUUGAUUUUCAGAAGAAAAUUAUUCCUGACAAACAUGAGAAAGAAGAGGCUGAAUCAAGUUCCAUUUUGUUACGCAAUGAAGCAUACAAACAGCUUUUAGAAAUGGAAAAGGAGGAUGAACUUCUUGAUCAGUCAAUUCAAUAUAGAAUUUUGGCCAUGGAAAGAAUAAGAGCAAGUCGGCAACAUUUUAUCCUUGUAGCUUCAUUCCUCGAUCGAAUACCGAACCUUGCUGGUUUGGCACGGACAUGUGAGGUAUUUAAGGCAUCAGGAUUAGCCAUUGCAGAUGCAAGCAUAUUACAUGACAAACAAUUCCAACUCAUCAGUGUGACAGCAGAGAAGUGGGUUCCCAUCAUAGAAGUCCCUGUAAAUAGCGUGAGGUAUUUUCUAGAAAAAAAGAAGCAAGAAGGCUUUUCUAUCUUGGGAUUGGAGCAAACAGCCAAUAGUGUGGCCCUUGAUCAGUAUGUUUUUCCUAGAAAAACGGUCCUGGUUCUUGGGCGGGAAAAGGAGGGUAUACCCGUUGAUAUAAUCCAUAUGCUGGAUGCUUGUGUUGAGAUUCCGCAAUUGGGAGUGGUUAGGUCGCUCAACGUUCAUGUCAGUGGAGCCAUUGCGCUUUGGGAGUAUACUCGACAGCAAAGAUUUCAAUAGUUCCUCAAUUUUGACAGUAUUUUCAUGUUUUGAAGCAUAUUUUCAUGAUGCCUUCAGUGCUUACGAGCAAGAGACUGACUAUGUUGCUUCUGAAAUUCAUUUGUAUAAUAUGUCCAGUUGCAAUGUUGUAAUAUUAGAUCAGCCCUUCUUGUUUAAGUGUAUGAAAUGGGGGUAAAGAAAAAUUGCAUUA